AUGGCUCAAUCCGUUCCACCAGGAGAUAUCCAAACUCAACCAAACGCCAAAAUCGUCUUCAAUGCUCCAUACGACGACAAACACACUUAUCACAUCAAAGUCAUCAAUUCGUCGGCUCGUCGUAUUGGAUACGGUAUCAAAACGACCAAUAUGAAGAGAUUGGGUGUCGAUCCACCAUGCGGUGUUUUGGAUCCAAAAGAGGCUGUGUUGUUGGCGGUGUCAUGUGAUGCUUUUGCCUACGGACAAGAGGAUACCAAUAAUGAUCGUAUCACUGUUGAGUGGACCAACACUCCGGACGGGGCUGCCAAACAAUUCCGUCGUGAAUGGUUCCAGGGUGAUGGAAUGGUGCGUAGAAAGAAUUUGCCGAUCGAAUAUAAUCCUUAA